AUGUUCCUCCUGUAUAUAUCAAGAAAGAAUCUAUCCAUUCCACGAUUUUUAACAAGUCUUAAACCUUGUUUAGUUGGAACAAAAAAACAUUUUACAACGUUGGAUCGUUUUGUGGAAUUAACAGACAUCCCAACCUUGUCUCAAGUAUAUAAAAAAGGUGGAUUUGAUUAUCGAAGCCCAGGAACUUUUAAACAUGAUAUAAGUCUUUCUCACAAUAAAACUCUUAAUGAUAAGAUAUCUUUAAUGAUAAUUCAUCUUAUCUUACAUGCACAUGUAUCUUUAGGUUAUGAUUUACCAGCAAAAUAUAUUAUUCAUACUGUUGGGCCUGUAGGAGAACAUGAAGAACUUCUCAAUAGUGCUUAUAGACAAUCAUUGAAAGUUAUGAUUGUCAACAAUCUUAAGAGUGUUUAUGGAUAUCCUCGUGUUGGUGCUGCACAUGUGGCUAUGAAAACAAUUAGAAAAUGGAUGGAGGAUUUUGAACAUAUUGAAAAGAUUGAUAGAAUAAUCUUUUGUGUUUUUGAGGAAAGUAAUAGAAGAAUAUAUGAGGGAUUAUUGCCUUUAUACUUUCCACCACCACCAGAAGGUAGCAAUAAUGAUACUGAUAUAUUGGGAAAACAAGAAAAAGAGAAUGAUGCUG